GGCAACCGUGACAAGCUUGCUUUUGUUGAUACAGCUCGACUUGAACUGACACACUCAAAGAAAUCGCUCUUACCUACCUGCAAAAGCGCCGAGGCGCUCGAAAAUCACCAUGUCUCAAGGCGCAGGGCGAGAGGCAGUCUUUCCGACCCGACAGACGUUGGGUCUGAUGAACAGCAAGCUCAAAGGGGCUCAGACAGGUCACAGUUUGCUGAAGAGAAAGAGCGAGGCAUUGACAAAACGAUUUCGAGAAAUCCUGAAACGAAUCGACGAGGCAAAACGGAAGAUGGGAAGAGUAAUGCAGAUUGCAUCUUUCUCGCUGGCAGAAGUCACAUAUGCUAUUGGUGGAGAUAUCGGCUACCAAAUCCAAGAAUCAGUCAAGAAUGCUCGGUUCAGGCUUCGGACCAAGCAAGAAAACGUCUCUGGUGUCUAUCUUCCUCAGUUUGAAGGGUUCACAAAGGACGAAAUCAACGACUUCGGCUUGACUGGUCUCGGCAAGGGCGGUCAGCAGGUCCAAAGAUGUCGGGAGACGUAUAGUCGAGCUGUGGAAGCGUUGGUCGAACUUGCCAGUCUUCAAACGGCAUUUGUGAUCUUGGAUGAAGUUAUUAAGGUCGUCAACAGGAGAGUCAAUGCCAUCGAGCAUGUCAUCAUUCCUCGAACGGAGAACACUAUCAAAUACAUCAAUUCAGAGUUGGACGAACUCGAUCGUGAAGAGUUCUACAGACUGAAAAAGGUUUCAGGCAAGAAACAACGGGACCAGGCCGCGGCAGAUGCAGAGAUUUUGAAGCAGAGACAAAAAGACAAGGCCGCCGGCAAAGAGGCCCCAGCCCCAGAUGCCGAAACAGUCGACGUACUCGGUGAGCGUGAGGAUGAUGAUGUUAUCUUUUGAGUGGUUCAGCUUAUUAUCGUCUGAACCUAUGGCCCUUAAACCCGCAUCUAUGCCUGGGUAUCAAAGUGUGCCAACCCUAAACGCCAAUAGCAGUAUUCAUGCAGCUUUUACAUAGUCCAUGUCGUGAGACGCGUUCAGGCUCGUUGA